AUGGCCACUUUCAACACUUCCAAUUCAAUUCAGAAGCCUGAUUUGGAUGAUAGAAGUUAUAAAACCAUCAAAUUGAACAAUGGGUUAACUGCUCUUUUAAUAAGUGACGCUAAAACCGACAAGUCGGCCGCCGCUCUUGAUGUCAAUGUUGGAGCUUUCAGUGAUUAUGAACAUUUACCAGGUUUAGCACAUUUCUGUGAACAUUUGUUGUUCAUGGGUACUAAGAAAUAUCCAUCAGAAAAUGAAUAUUCAAGUUUUUUGGCAAAUCAUGGUGGUCACUCAAACGCUUAUACUGCUGCUGAAGAUACAAAUUACUAUUUCGAAGUCAAUCAUCAAUAUUUGGAAGGCGCUUUGGACAGAUUUAGUCAAUUCUUUAUUUCUCCUUUAUUUGAUCCAAGUUGUAAAGACCGUGAAAUUAGAGCUGUUGACUCUGAAAAUAAGAAGAACUUACAAAAUGAUAUGUGGAGAUUAUAUCAAUUAGAAAAAUCUUUAUCCAACCCAGUUCAUCCAUAUCAUAAGUUUUCCACUGGUAAUCUUGUGACACUAGGCGAAAUACCUGAAUCCCAAGGAAUUGAUGUCAGGGAAGAACUUUUGAAAUUUUACAAAGAAUCAUAUUCUGCAAAUCUGAUGAAAUUGGCAAUUAUUGGAAGAGAAGAUCUACCAACUUUGGAAAAAUGGGUUGUUGAGAAGUUUAGUGAGAUUCCAGACUCAAAUAUACCAAAACCAAAGUUUGAAGGAAAACCUUAUACUGAAAAAGAAUGUAAGAAAUUGAUUAAGGCCAAACCAGUUAUGUCUAAAAACAAACUAAGUUUGGCAUUUGUUGCACCAGACCAUGACAAACAUUGGGAAGUUCACACACCUCAUUACUUCAGUCAUUUAGUGGGUCAUGAAGGUAAAGGUAGUUUAUUAGCCUUUUUGAAAUCCAAGGGUUGGGCAAAUGGAUUAUCAGCAGGCGGUUACACCAUUUCUGAAGGUUGUGGUCAAUUCGGUGUCGAUGUUGAUUUAACGGAAACAGGGUUGAAAAACUAUGAAGAAGUUUUAUAUGUUGUUUUCCAAUAUAUUGAAUUACUUAGAGUUUCAUUGCCACAGAAAUGGAUUUAUGACGAGUUGAAAGAAGUUAGCGAGAUGAAUUUUAGAUUUAGACAAAAAACUUCACCAUCAGCUACUGUUUCCAAAUUGGCAAAAGAUUUACAAAAAUCACACAUUCCUGAUGAAUUUGUUUUGAGUAGAUCAGUCUUGAGAAGAUAUGAUCCAGAUUUGAUUGUUGAAUACGGUAAUUAUUUAACAGUUGAUAACGUUAGAGUUACAUUGAUUUCACAAAAUGUUGAAACUGAUCAAACUGAAAAAUGGUAUGGCACAGAAUACUCUAUUGAGGAUUUUUCAGAUGAAUUAGUUUCAAAAAUUAGAAAACCAAGUUUAAAUGGUCAUUUACAUUUGCCAACUGAGAAUGAGUUUAUUCCAACUAAAUUUGAUGUGGAAAUUCUAAAAGAUGCUGUUCCCCUAAAAAAACCAGCCCUAUUGAAAGUCAAUGAAAAAUUUAGAUUUUGGUAUAAGAAAGAUGAUCAAUUUUGGGUUCCAAAGGCUUAUAUUCAACUUUUAAUCAAUUUACCAGUCACUGUUUCAACUCCAGUUAAUAAUGUUCUAACAAACUUAUUCAUUGAUUUGGUUGAUGAUGCCUUAACAGACAUUUCAUACCAAGCUGAGCUUGCUGGCUUAAGCUUUGCUCUCCAUUCCGGAAAGGAAGGUUUAGUUCUUGAAGUAAGUGGUUAUAAUGAGAAAGCGCCAGUUUUACUAAACGAGGUUGUUAAGAAAUUAAUCACUUUUAGACCAACUGAAGAUAGAUUCAAUGUUUUCAAAGAAAAGAUUUUGAGAAACUUUAGAAAUUUUGGUUACAAGGUUCCUUAUAGUCAGAUAUCAUCAGUUUUUUCAAAUUUGUUAAAUGAACGUGUUUGGGAUGUCGAAGAAAAAAUUCCAAUUUUGGAACAAAUUACUUUUGAAGAUUUACAAAACUUUGUUCCUCUCAUCUUCAAACAAGCAUUUGUUGAAACAUUGAUUGAAGGUAAUUUUCAUACAAAGGAAGCUCAUGAAAUCAUUGAUAUUAUUGAAAAAUCUUUCAAUGGUUUACCUUUGACCAAAUCACAAAAAAUCAAACCAAGAUCCUAUUGGAUUCCAGAAAAUAAGACCUAUAGAUAUGAAAAAUUAUUAGCAGAUGAUAAAAACACAAAUACUUGUGUUCAAUAUUUUAUUCAAGUUGGUGAAUUGGCUCAAAGGGAAUUGCAAUGUAUCACUGAGUUGCUUGCCCAAUUGAUUAAAGAACCUGCUUUUGACACAUUACGUACUAAAGAGCAACUUGGUUAUAUUGUUUUCAGUGGGCUACAAGAGUCAAGAACAACUUUUGGUAUUAGGGUAAUUGUUCAAAGUGAAAGAAAUGCUGCAUAUUUGGAAUCAAGAAUUGAAAGUUUCUUCAACCAAUACUACAACACAUUGAAAGAAUUGUCAGAGGAAGAGUUUGAAAAGAAUAAAGAAGCUUUAAUUUCCAGAAAACUAGAAACCUUGAAGAACCUAGGUCACGAAAACAAUAGAUUCUUACGUGCUAUUUCUAAUGGUUUUUACGAUUUCUUGCAUAAUGAAAGAGAAUCUGAAACUUUGAAAACAAUCACUAAACAAGAAAUGGUUGACUUCUAUGAAAACAAGAUUCUUGGAUCUAAAUCAAAACUUAUCAUCAAUUUGCAUGCCAAAGCUAAUACAGAUCAUGAAAAAGUGGAAGGAUACCCAACUGGUGAAGUUGUUGAAGAUAUUGGUAGCUUAAGAUCAUCACUAUACAUGACACCUGCAGCUAAACCUGUUGAGGAUUUGAUACCUGAAAACUUCCAGCCAAAAUUAUAG